AUGACAACCUUUGUCCAUUUUCCCCUGAAAACCACCGACCAAGUGGUAUGGUCAACGCCGCUUUCGAGUUUCCUUAGUUCUACAUUUGGCCGCUCGUUCACAUCUGAUUUGCAGCCAGCUUUCUCUAGACUCGAUGAACUACGCACAAACAUCCAGCAUGCGUCUUUCAAGGACGCUGAUAUAAUCAUCCCCCAAUACAUUGAUUACAUUACACAGAUUGAUUCUCUUAGACUUCGGUUGCCAUUGGAGUUGGUUACAAUCGAGUUUAAAUGGCUAGAUACCUUGAAAGAGGAGGAAAUCUCACAAAAAUCGGUAUCGUUUGAAAAAGCAUCAAUAAUGUACAAUUUAGCAUGUCUACACUCUUACAAGGGUAGUGUUGCUGCCUCAAAUAUUGACUGGAAAUUGGCGGUUUCCUCCUUUGCCCAUGCCUCUGGAAUUUUCGAAUACAUGGCUUCCCAUUUCUUACAUUCACCAGCCUCCGAUCUCGAUGUUCAUGCAAGCAAGUUAUUCUCUCAUCUAAUGUCAGCCCAGGCACAGGAAUGUUUUCUUUGGAACUAUAUGCACACAGCAGAAACUAAACACUCCUUGGUUGCUAAGCUUGCCAAAGGUGUGUCUGAAAGGUAUGAGAAAGUGAUCAAGUAUUUAAAUAAAGGCGUUGAUUUGGAUUGUUUAAAUGAAUGCAAGUGGAAGAAAGAAUAUUUUUUGGCGUUUGCGUAUUUCCAUGAUGCCCAAAAUUAUGGGAGUGUCCCUCAAAUAGGUUAUGCCAUAACCUCUGCAAGCCAAGGUCUUGAUACUUGUAAGGAGUUGAGAAAAAUCAAGGUGGAUUCUAUAUUGAAUGACAUCGGCGAAGAGUUGAAGAAGGAAAUUACCUCUAAGCUGAAGGAGUGGGAAAAAGAUAAUGAUUUGAUUUAUCAUCAUGCUGUACCUGACAAAAUUAAUGUUCCGGCAAUCAAAAAAUUGGAAGGUGCUAAAUCAAUCGACUUUGAGAAACAGUUGAUGGAAAAUGGCGGUUGUAGAGAUCUAUUUGAUAAAAUUGUCCCUAUGGAAGCCCAUCAAAGCAUGUCAAUCUACUCAGAAAAACAAGCUCAAAUAUUAAGAAAAUUAAAAGAAGAAAUUAACGUUGCUAAUGAAGAGGUUGUUUCAGUGUUUGAGUUUUCUAAAAUACCAAGUAGUAUCAUUGAAAUUCAGAAUCUGUUAAGGUCUAGAAACAGUACCGUGGAAGAGGAGGAACGAGAAAAGGAAGCAGGUUAUCCAAGGGUUUUGGCAAUGGCUCAUGAAAUGGAAACCUCGUCUAUGUCUUCGGACCAAUUUGACAUGACAGAGGUUAAUUCAAAGAGGGAAGAGAUCAAGGAAAGUUUGGAGAAGAUCGAUGAAUUGUUAAUGAAGGACGAUAAAAACAUGUUGAUUAAGUCUUUGCCUAUAAACAACGAGCUUACCAAGUUGAGGGAUGAGGUAUCAUCUACUCGCAGAAUUAUGGUUGAAGCUGAUCUAAGUGAUUCCAAAUUGUCAGAUUUGUGGUCCAAGUAUGAAGUUGAGAUUUCAGUUUUGAGGAAAGGUGUUUCAAAACUUCACGAAUGGUUGAGCUCUUCCAAUACUGAUGAUCUCAACAAACAGAUAUCUCUAUUAGACCUGGACGAUUCGUCUGAUAAUUAUGACAUUAAUACUGCCAAUGAGUUAAUUGAGAAUAUUUACGCUAACAAAAAGUCCUUGGAGCUACUUGUCAACGAAAGAAAUUCAACAUUGCAAGACCUCACUGAAGCUAUGCAUGCUGAAGAUAUCUCUUCCGUUUUGAUCAAUUACCGUGAUGCAUCUGAUGAAGAGCUCGAACAAGUUUUCUUAGAACAGUUAUCGAAAUACGACGCAUAUAGAUCUCGAAUUAACGAUUUGAUUGAUGCACAACCUAAUAAGAUUUUUGAUCUUAAGGAAUCACUUGGUUCAUUACUUGAUUUGGGAAUUGUUAAAAAGAAAUUGGAGGAAAAGAAAAGAGAAAGAGGUACUGUUAAAUCUAAAAUCAACAGAUUGAUUGACGCAUAUGAAGCUUUCAAACUCUGUACCAAAGGUGUGGGUGAAGCUGUUAAUUUCUACACCAAGUUACAACAUAGGACUAGCGAGAUCUUAAACAGAAUACAAUCCAUUGUCAACCAAAGAGAUUCAUACAUUAGUGAUAGCAGAAGCAGCAUUGGCAGUGACCCUACUGGUAAUUUAGGCGGCUUCGGUGGUUACACUGUGAACUAUCCCCAACAACAACAACCUCCUGCCUACUCCACAAGCAGUGAGCAAACACCCAACAUUCCUCCGCUACCUUCCAAGCCAGCGUACACUGGGAACACACAUUCAAGCUUGCCUUACUCCACUCCGUCUGUGUAUGAUCCUAACAUGUACUCCCAAUUUGGGCAGUCAUGGAAAUAG